AGGGGAGGCAGUCACAGGUUCGGCGCACGCGAGGCUUGGGCGCGCGCAGCCAGCACGCGGGCGAAAGUCCUGGGAGGCGCGGCGGGCGGUGCCGAGACACAGGCGCUGCUGCAGGAGCAGCGGCCCGCACCCGCCGCAGCGCCCGCCGCCGUCAGCGGCCCCCGCGCCUCCGGUGUCCCGGCUCACCGAGGGAGCCCCCCACCCCUCGCCCGUUCCAGGAGUGCGCGCAAUGGCCCCGCGCAAGAAUGCCAAGGGCGGCGGCGGCAACAGCGGCAGCAGCAGCGGCAGCGGCAGCGGCGGCGGCGGCGGCGGCAGCAGCGGCUCUGGCAGCGGCAGCCCGGGCUCGGGCACCAGCGGCGGCGGCAGCAGCGCCGGGGCCCGGAGAGAGACAAAGCAUGGAGGACACAAAAAUGGGAGGAAAGGAGGACUUUCUGGAAGUUCAUUUUUCACAUGGUUUAUGGUCAUUGCAUUGCUGGGAGUCUGGACAUCAGUAGCUGUCGUCUGGUUUGAUCUUGUUGAUUAUGAGGAAGUUUUAGCCAAAGCAAAGGACUUCCGUUAUAACUUAUCGGAGGUACUUCAAGGAAAACUAGGAGUCUAUGAUGCUGAUGGUGAUGGAGAUUUUGAUGUGGAUGAUGCCAAAGUUUUACUAGGCCUUAAAGAAAGAUCUGCUUCAAAGCCAACAGUCCCACCGGAAGAAGCUGAGCCAUACCCGUGGCUGGAGGAGCAGGUCCCCGAGGAUUCAGGACCUCGGAAUAUUGAAGAUGAAGUAGAAGAACAAAUUCAGCCCCUUCUCCAUGAGGCAGUCUACACAGAACAUGGAGACGAGGUGCAACAAGAAGAGGAUGGGCAAGCGAGAGAACCACAACUGGAAGAUGAUGAUUUCCUCGUAGGAGGUGAUGCAGAUGAUAGAUUUGAGUCCCUGGAGACUAGAACAUUUCAUGAAGAAACUGAAGAUAGUUACCAUGUAGAAGAGACAGCUUCACAGGCUUAUAAUCAGGAUACGGAAGAAAUGAUGUAUGAGCAGGACAAUCCAGAUGCCACGGAACCUGUAGUAGGUGAUGAUGAAAGAAGGAACCACGAAGCAGAUGACCUUACAUACCAAGACUAUGAUGAACCAGAUAAUGCUGUAGAAGAUUCAAACAUAAUUUUAGAAGAAGAGCACAUGCCCCCUGCUGAAGAACAACAGGAGGUACCACCAGAAACAAAUAGAAAAACAGAUGAUCCAGAAAUAAAAGAAAAAGUUAAGAAAAAGAAGCCUAAACUAUUAAAUAAAUUUGAUAAGACUAUUAAAGCUGAACUUGAUGCUGCAGAAAAACUUCGUAAAAGGGGAAAAAUUGAGGAAGCAUUGAGUGCAUUCCAAGAACUAGUUCGCAAAUACCCGCAGAGUCCACGGGCGAGAUACGGAAAGGCACAGUGUGAAGACGAUCUGGCUGAGAAAAGAAGGAGCAACGAGGUGCUGCGUGGGGCCAUCGAAACCUACCAGGAGGUGGCCAGCCUGCCCGAUGUCCCCACAGACUUGCUGAAGCUGACCUUGAAGCGACGCUCAGACAGACAGCAAUUUUUGGGUCACAUGAGAGGCUCCCUGAUUACCCUACAGAAAUUAGUUCAACUGUUUCCUGAUGAUAUGUCUUUAAAGAACGACCUUGGAGUGGGGUACCUCUUGAUAGGGGAUAACAACAAUGCUCAGAAGGUCUAUGAAGAGGUUCUGAAUGUGACACCAAACGACGGUUUUGCUAAAGUGCAUUAUGGCUUUAUCCUGAAGGCGCAGAACAAAAUUGCUGAGAGCAUUCCCUAUUUAAAGGAAGGAAUAGAAUCUGGGGAUCCUGGCACUGAUGAUGGGAGGUUUUACUUCCACCUGGGGGAUGCCAUGCAGCGGGUUGGGAACAAAGAGGCAUAUAAGUGGUAUGAGCUUGGGCACAAGAGGGGCCAUUUUGCAUCUGUAUGGCAGCGCUCUCUGUACAACGUGCAUGGACUGAAAGCCCAGCCGUGGUGGACCCCAAGAGAAACAGGCUACACAGAAUUAGUGAAGUCCUUAGAAAGAAACUGGAAGUUAAUCCGGGAUGAAGGCCUUGCAGUGAUGGAUAAAGCCAAAGGCCUCUUCCUGCCUGAAGAUGAAAACCUGAGGGAGAAAGGCGACUGGAGCCAGUUUACACUGUGGCAGCAAGGAAGAAAAAAUGAAAAUGCCUGUAAAGGAGCUCCUAAAACCUGUUCUUUACUAGAUAAAUUUCCUGAGACAACAGGAUGCAGAAGAGGACAGAUCAAAUAUUCCAUCAUGCACCCAGGAACUCACGUGUGGCCACACACGGGGCCCACCAACUGCAGGCUCCGAAUGCACCUGGGCUUGGUGAUUCCCAAGGAAGGCUGCAAGAUCCGAUGUGCCAACGAGACCAAGACAUGGGAAGAAGGCAAGGUGCUCAUCUUUGACGACUCUUUUGAGCACGAGGUGUGGCAGGACGCCGCGUCUUUCCGGCUGAUCUUCAUUGUGGAUGUGUGGCACCCAGAGCUGACACCCCAGCAGAGACAGAGCCUUCCGGCGAUUUAGCAUGUCAUGCAGGCUUGGGACACACUGGAGAGAGGCUGCCUUGCUGGCUCUGUCUCCUUGGGUGUAGGGGUAGAGGUUCCGAGUCUGAAGGCCCUUCAUUCCCUUGACGGGCAGCUCCCAAAAUUCUAAGGCUCCUCCUAGGGUUAGAAGACACUAAAUGGAAUAUUUUGCCUUGCUAUAAUUCACGUGGAAAGCCCCCUGCUGUCCUUCAUCCCACGACAGCACCCAUCCGAUGCCGUAUUUCCAGUGAAGACGUGAGAGCUUCUGCCUUGUCAGCCAAAGAUAUUUUUCCCACUUAGAAGAGGCCUGAAUCAGUGUACAAUGAGAAUAUAUGUAGAAACUGUGAAUGGAUCACUUUAGUAAUUUUUCUAUGCAAUUAUAUUUUUCUAGGGUAGCUAGGCCAUGUUUUUCAUCAUGUACCACUACUUUUUUCUUGAGUUUAAUAGUAAGCUGUGUAAAUGCUGUACUUCUAGCUGCUUAAUGGUGACUUCCCCCAUGAACUCAGACUUCCCUCUUUUAAUUAUUUUUAGUAAAAGACACUCAUAAAGAAGCAAUUUUAUUUUCCUGAUCCAAAGGAGAAAGAUGUAAUUAUGCUGAUGUCUGUGAACCGUAUUGCUUCCCACCCACUGAGACUGUUUGCUUUCUUAUCUUCAUUGAAAGCCAUUGUCUUAAUGUGUCUCCUCGCCAUGCACAUGGUAGAGAGAUGCUGUCUUUCCAAGAGGAGCUUUUCAUCCUGAAACAGGACAUGGAGUCAUUUUAUCUUGAGUCAUAAAAGUGCCACCUAUAAUUUUUUUUAAUGCCAAGAAUUAGAACGUGAAAAAAAAAAGUAACAUUUCUCAAAGUAAAAAUUUUCUCUCAGGGUCGGGUAGAUAGGUAGCUGCUAGGACAUCUGGCUCCUUGGCCUCUUUGGCAUCUGAGACAGGGCUGGAAUCCAGAGUCUCUUUGCCUAUUGUAGAUCCCUGUGAGCGAGGAGGUCCUUACAUGGAUCCCCAUCACAGCUUUGUAAAAAUAUGAAAGAUGGCAGAGCAGAAGACCAAGAAUCCCAGGAUCUUAGUGCUGGGUUUAGGAUUGCCUUCUUCUUUGAAAGAGUUUGGAAGACUCUUCCAUUUCCCUGGCUUGAGAAACUUCUGCCAUUUAAAUAUAGCUUAGAAGUAGCAGUUGUUAUCCAUAGUUUAGCUUUAAUAAUAUCCACAGCAUAGAAAUAACAGUUGAAAAAAUGGCCUUGCCUACUUAUUCCAAAGACAAUCAAAUUAUUAAUUUAGAAGGGCAUUAAUGUAUUAAAUAUUGCAUGUUUCCAAUCAAACUAGAAAUGUUAGCUAUAUGAAUGUAAGGCUAUUCAUGCACCUGAAUUUUAAGCCAAUAUGAACAAAAAUGCUGAAGAAAUGACACCGAGGUUACCAGAUUUCAUUCAGGGGUAGAAAAAAACACUUGUGCUUCCUUUCCAUCUAAGGACAAAGGAGGAUGCUUUCUUUAUCUCUUUUAAAAAGAGUUCUUUACCAUUGAAAGGUACCCUUUUUGCUUGACAUUAGCUUCCAGUUAGAAGGGUUUGCAAAAUAUUGGUCCUGUUCCCUUCUGUUUUGCCAAAAACAAUCCCACUAAUACAGAUGAAGAAGCAUGUGAGGAAAGUCUCCAAAUUAAUUACCAAAGUCCAGAAGAAAAAGCAAGCUCUUGAAAAAUCAAAAGGUGUUGUGUCCUUCAGUAUUUAUUGAACAGAAGAAAUGACUGACAGAGGACAAUACAAUCCAGUGCUCAUGUAAUAACAUUCAUGUCACUUGCUGAAUUUGGUUCUUGGAUGUAUAUUGCAUACACAUAAAGAAAUUUAAAGUAUAAGUUGUCAAUGUUAAACCAUCAUCUUACAUUCAUUUAAUGAAAUCAUGGCAUAGAGUAAAAACUAGCUCUUAACUUAAUGAUUAUAAUAUGGUAUUUAAAAUCAGGUCACUACAGUAGGAUUCUAAAUAUUGCCAGUUGAAAAGCCAGAAUUAUUACUGUUGCAAAGUGUUGGCAAUAAUCGACUCCAAACGCAUUUUAAAUACUUGGAUCCCACAACUAUUUUAUAAACCCAAGUCAUAAAAUGGAUUUUCUAAUUCACUUUAAUUCUUUAUCUCUCUUCCCUAUGUCAUGGAAUAUAAGAAAAGUGUUUCAGUCACUGCAUGGGUAGAAUUAUCUCAAUGUUACUAUUUUGUUAUUUGAAAUGUCUACACAAAAUGGGUUUUAUUUAUACCAUGAUACAAUCGGUUGAGAAAUAUUUUUAAUUCUAUUUCAAUUUUAUUUCAAGGGUGGAAUACAAAAAUUACUUCUCUUAUUCUCCUCUGCCAGUAGAAAAAAAAUUAAAACACUAGAUUCAUUGAGAAAGAGAUGUAAUAAAUGGUUAAGAUUAGUAAUAAUAUCUACUGAGGGUGAUUAUGGCCAGUCGAAUCACCUCUUUUCUCUGAAUUUUUUAGCUAACCCUCCCAAAUCCUGAAAACAUACAAUCAUAUUUUUCUGCCCAUUAUCAACUAAAAUAUUUUUUAUUUGACAUUGAGCACCAGCUGGUCCUACUGAUAAAUGCCCAUGUCAUGUGGAUGGCUGGGAAGAUAAGAGAUGCCUUAAAACACACAACUCGUUUUGGGAAACGUGGCACAAGUAAGGAUAUCUUAUCCUGUGUUAUCGUUUAUUUAAUUUCCUUUGAAUGGAUAGUUGGGGACUCUCCAUUUCUAAGGAGAAUAGACAAAGAAAUAAAAUGAUCUUUGGCAUUUUAUCCCACAUUCCUAAUCUUCUCUUAUUGUCAGUACUUGCAUAUUUAGCCAUCGUUAAGGGUCUUCCUCCAUGAUUGGUACCUACCCUCUCAGCAACAGCCAGCUCCCUUCUCCACACCUUUAGCUGGUUGCGGGAGGGUGGGGGAGUUAAAUGCUUUUGUAGCACUUUUCUUGCCUGUAGUGACCCAAGUGAAGCAAUUUGAAUGGAGCCAUUAAUCACUGACAAGUGUUUUCAAUGAGGCCCCGCCCCCCCUCCGCAAUCUCAUGUUGCCUGUGGGAAGUCACAUUAUUAAGAUGAAAUAAUCAUAUUUCAAGUUGUGUGUGUCUUCGUUUAAAGUCCGAUCACGGUAAUCAGCUGGUAGCCUGACAAAAGAUGUGACGUCAAAAUCAUUCUUGCAGGAUCUCAAAACAAGCAAACUCUGCAAAGAGCCAGACCUAUAAGAACAUGCCCUUGGGCUGAACAAUUCAAUGCUGGUGAUGAGGUCAAAGAAAAUAAUUCAGUAAGAAUGGAAAUUCCUGGAGAUACUACUGUCUUGGGGCUUUGCACUGCAUUGAGCUUGACAAUUGGGUCUGCACGGUUUCAUUCUCAUGUAUCUACUUGGAAAUGCACUUAAUCUUAAGUCACAAAACCUGGAAAGGGUCUCUGCGGUACCUCAGAAAAAUCCUGGUACUAAUGCAGUGUGUGCAUCAAAUUUAGUUUUUCUUUUUUUCAAUUUAUUUAAUACCAUAAAUAUGGGGGAGGAAGAAUCAUGUUUACAUGACUGCCUUGCUUCAUCUCCAGUCCCCUCACUGAAAAAAAAACAAAAAGCAUCUCUCAAGUCCUUGUUCAAACUUUGGCUGCUCAGACCAAUGGCUGGUGACAGUUAUUACUAGAUGGCAGAAGUGGAGGGCCUUAUGUCAAGCGGAACGCACGUGUCUGUGUGGGUCAGUCGCUCAUGUGCUUCCUGCGUGGCUGAUACCACUGAAGGCUGGCGAUCUGCGAGAGCAUGGGGUGACUCGGGGUUCAGUCCAGAGCCAGGAGUGGCUGAGUGUUCUCAUUCUCUCCCUUCUCCUCAUGUUUCAGGGUCCCAGCUUCUACCACAGACUGAGAUCUAAUAAUAGGGGAAGGAGAAAGAUACAAUUACAGACAAUUCAUGGUGGCAACAAUUUUGGAAUCUUGGAGAACAUUCAGAUUUUAUGUUCCCCUUAUUAAUCAAAACACUCAGAAUAACUAUAUAAUUUUCCUCCUUUUGGUAUCUCUCUUUUCCUUGCUUUUUUGCCUUCUACAUCACAUAUUUGUGGAGAGAGGCAUCUUAGAAACUUCUUUGCCAAGAUCUCUUCUGUUGGUAAAAGCAACACAUGUUCUAGCCACAACUCUGCCCCGGUGUCUAAACAUUCUGUGGAUCGUGAGAUCAAAUCAAAUAAAUCUUGUUGGAUUUUUUUUAAUGUUUCAAAAUACUUUUAGAGGCUUUGUUUCUCAACGUCAUAGGAAACUAUCAUGCAUGAUGUUAUGACCAUGAGGUUUGGAAUCAGAUCGGUAAAUGCAAACUCUGCCCUUUACUGGCUGAGGGACCUCGAGGGAGUUCUUAAAACUCUGGACCUUUACUCUCUCACCUGUAAAAGAGAACCAUUACCUCCCUCCCACGGUUGUUGAUAAGGCCUAAAACUAAUAAUAUUCAUAAAGCAUUUGGCAUGUAAUUUUAGUUAAAAUUUGUGGAGCAUUCUAUUAUCACUGUUAUUGCAAUGAUAGUAGUGAUCUUUAGUUUCUGAUAUGUCCUCUCGAUUGGAUAGUAACAGUUUCUUUUUUGGGUUUACAACGUGGCUUGAAACUGAAAUUGUUUUCCAGCUCAUAGAGAGAAGGUUAUAAGAGAUACACAUGUGAUAAACAAUAAAUAUUCACAUACUAAAAAAAAGUAUUUCAAG